AUUCUGAGAGCAGUGAACAUUACAACUGCAGUGUGUGACCAGUUAACAUUAAAAUUUCAUUAAUAUACUAUUAAGGAAAUACAGGCGGUGGUAUUGAAAGGGUUGCUGAUGUUGUUCAGAGAUACAGAGGAGUCAUUUCCUUCUAAUGGAGUUUUGCCACAUGUGCUGUUUGACUCUGUCUUCUCCCUUGGCAUCAUCACCAUGACAUCCAGCAUUAACAUUCAAUGAAACACUAUUUCAAAGAACUUCAACAAUGGACAACUGUUCUGCUCUUCAUGUGCUUCUCAUGAUCUCCAUCAUGCCUGGCUGGCUAGGGGGUGACUUUAUAAUCUCAAAAAAAAAGCAUGAGUUCCGUUCCAGUAAAAUCACUUAUGGGUCCAAUAUAAGAGUGAGACGAGGCUGGAUUUGGAGCCAGAUAUUUGUUGAAGAAGAAGAUCCAACACCAAGGAAGAUAGGUCAGCUGAAAUCAGAUUACGACACAGGGGACUUUACUGUCAAAUAUAUCCUCUCAGGUGAAGGAGCUGGUGAAAUCUUCAAAAUUGAUGAGUACACAGGUGAUAUUUACUUAUCGCAACGUCUGGACCGUGAGCUGAAGCCCUUCUACAUACUACAAGCCCAAGCCAUCAACCGCAGCUCCAAACAACCUGUUGAACCUGAGUCUGAGUUUAUCAUUAAUGUCCAGGACAUCAAUGACAAUGCUCCAGAAUUCAUAAAUGAGCCCUAUGUAUCCAGCAUCCCAGAGAUGUGUCCCACAGGAACCACAGUUAUCCAGGUGACAGCCACAGAUGCUGAUGACCCUAUGUUUGGAAACAAUGCUAAACUCAUCUAUUCCAUUUUGGAAGGGGAGCCCUAUUUUUCAGUGGAACCCAAAACAGGUAUAAUUGUGACAUCAUGGCCUAAUAUGGACAGAGAAGCCCGGGAGACAUAUCUGGUUGUGGUUCAGGUGAAAGAUAUGCUUGGACUCACUGGAGGCUACAGUGCCACAACCACAGUGACCAUCAGCCUGAUGGAUGUCAAUGACAAUGGACCCACUUUCCAGCACAAUUUGUACACAUUUGCUAUAUCAGAGUCAGCCCCAGUGGGGACUACAGUGGGAAGAAUAAUGGCAGAUGAUGGUGAUGUUGGCCUAAAUGCAAAAAUGAACUACAGCUUAGAAGAUCUCGAGGAGAGCAGUACCUUCACAAUCCAGACGGACCCUGACUCUCAAGAGGGGAUUGUCAUACUGGCUCAGCCACUGGAUUAUGAGAGCAAGAGACGGUUUGUGAUUGCUGCAGAGGCCAUCAAUGAAAACAUAGACACUCGCUUUUUAAGUUCAUAUGAGUUUUGUGACAGGACAACACUCAAAAUCACAGUGACAAAUGUGGAUGAACCACCCAUCUAUUAUGAAACACCUUAUAAUUGGAAAGUUUUAGAGAGUGCCCAAAUAGGCACUCAGGUUGGUACAGUCCAUGCUAAAGACACAGACACCACCAACAACCCCAUUAGAUACAGCAUUUCAAAGAGCAGUGACACGCGACAGAUGUUCAGAAUUGAUCCCAGUAAUGGUACAGUGUAUGUGGCAAACCUUUUGGAUCGAGAAACAGCAGCCUGGUACAACUUGACCAUCGACGCCAGAGAAAUCAGCGAUGAGCAGCUGUCCUCCUCAGUGUCUGUGCACAUCACAGUCCUUGACAUCAAUGACAACGUGCCCACCCUAUCACAAGACUAUAAGCCUUAUGUGUGUGAGGACACACAGGCAGGAGAGCUAAUUGAGUUGAUCAGUGCCACUGAUGCAGAUGAUCCUAUAGACGGUCAUCAUUUCUAUUUCUCCAUGAUCCCAGACAAACACAUCAAUCCCAACUUCACCAUCAGAGACAACCAAGAUAACACAGCUAGCAUUCUGGCACGGCGAAGCACCUUCACCCAACAUGAUCGAACACACUACCAUCUUCCGAUUGUGAUCAGAGACAGCGGUUCCCCUAUUCUAUCCAGUACCACCACGAUUACCAUCAGGGUGUGUGCCUGUCAGCCCACUGGUCAUUGCCUAUCAGGUGGUGUGGAAGUCUCUCUGGAUGUCAGCAUGCAGAUUUUACUUGGCCUUUCCAUUUGCCUCAUCACACUUGCAGUGCUGUCCACCAUAAUGCUAGCUGUGCGAAAGUACAAGAUAUUGCGGAAGGAGAAAAUGAAAACAAACGAGUUGGAAACACUGGAGUUCUCUGAGAAAAUUUUGAGUUUUGCAGUCCCAGAGACUAGACAAACAGUUCCUCUCCGGCACCCACAUCGGCGAGAACGCAAGCUCUGUAGAGAGGAGGUGACCACCAGUAUCCGUAUGUCUCUGCGUCACUCUCACCUCAUUGGACCAGAAGACGCAGUCUUUCAACAGUUUAUGAUGGACCGGCUGGCUGAGGUAGAUGAAGACCCAUACGUUCCUCCCUUUGACAGUCUGCACACAUAUGCCUUUGAAGGGGCAGGGUCUGUCACAGGCUCACUUAGCUCAUUGGAGUCUGCCACAUUUGACCCCUGCAUAAGUCAAAAUUGUGAUGAAGGGCAGCAUCUCCUGCGGCUGUCACCGUGGCUAGGAGCAGCAGCUGAUGAGACCUCAUUCUGACCUGAGGAUAACAAAAGGAUUGACUAUUUUUUUUUAUUAUAUACCUACCAAUACUGGAUAAUCGAAACUGAACUGCUAAGGGUCAAAGCAAAAUAAGUUUUUUGAACCCUAUUCAUCUUCUGCUACUACUACUACUUCUCAAACACUCUGGGUCUGAGAAUAUAUAUAUAUAUAUAUAUAUAUAUAUAUAUAUAUAUAUAUAUAUAUAUAUAUAUAUAUAUUGCAGACCUCUAAAGUUGGUAGGAUGGCCCUAUAUUGCACAAACAUUUAUUUUUGGCUACCGGUAUAACAGUAAUCAAAUUGAUAUUUUCAUUAUUAACUAUGAAACUUUGUUAGAUAUGAUGUUUUACCUUUGAGAUCUCCUGAACAAUUUGGUUGAUAUACUGUUCUAUUUCUAUGUAUAAAAUUUUUGACCAUUUUGAAUGUUCUCCUUUUUUUCCUCCUUGUUCAUACAGAAUAACAAUAAGAUUAACACCAUGU